GACUGACCGGGCCCAGAAAGCAGUCGGAGGGAUCGGAUGCUGAAGAGGUCGUAGGGAGCUGCUGGCACAGCUUGUCUCAGGAGAUAAAGAACGGCGCGCGCUACGGUUGUGGUCUGUAUUUCGCUGAAGACGUCGGCAAGAGUUUAGCUUAUGCUCCUGUCAACACAUCGUCUGAUGGACGGACGACCUCGCAGUUUCUCCUACUCUGCCGGGUGCUGUGUGGCCAGAUGUAUUACACCAGCGAAAGAUAUGAACUGGAUGCCGUGAUCUCAGCGCACAAGGUUGGCAAGAAUUCCGUCCUUGCGAAUCCUCUGCGCGAAGGGCCUCGUGAGUUCAUCGUGUGGCAUGAGAUGCAGGUCUACUCCGAGUAUCUCCUGGAGGUCACCGUGCGCGAUGAAGACCCAUAG